GAUCCGUCCACAAACGGAAAAGGAGAAGAUACAAAUGUGUCGGGUAUGCGCUUCGGUGAUCGACGGAGUACCGCAGGUCGUGCUUGGGAGCGAAAGCUGCCUCAGAGGUUACAACGCGACGGUGUUUGCGUACGGCCAGACAGGCAGUGGCAAGACGUACACGAUGGGAUCUGGCAUCGACGCCACGACCGACGAGGAAAGGGGCAUCAUCCCUAGAGCAGUCGCAGACCUGUUUCAGCUGAUCGAGAAGACUCAACUCGCAGGGGCCGAAGGCUCGCAUGUCGAACCCGUUUUCAAGGUGGAAGUUCAGUUUGUGGAGGUAAGUUUCGCUAGGCGAUUUAAUGUUAACUUGUACACGAUCAGCUAAAG